UAGUCUCUUAUAAUGUGUUUUAUAUAGAGAGAGAUGAGUACAUUGUAAUUUAUAAGUAAUCAUACAUAUUCUGACAGUGAGCCAAGGGAUAGAAUGUUUUGUUCAUAGUUCCCAGCAAGGAUUCCAGUGUCAUUGGAUCAAAGACUGGUGGGUAAUAAGGUAUAAGAAGAUUGGAAAGUGGGGCAGGGUUGGGAAAGAAAGAAGAGUUAGUUUUAUAAAGGAUUUUGAACACCAACAGAGAUUCUUGUAUUUGAUUCUAGACAAGAUGUGCCACUAGAGUUUAUUGAAUAAUGAGGAAGGGGGGUGAUUUCCACUAAGAAAGAGGGAUGGAAGGGGAAUGAUGGAGCCAAGAUGGUGAAGUAAAGCCAGGAAGCUGUUUGAGCUUUCCUAGUUUUCCCUUGAAAAUCACAUGAAACUAAGCCUCCAAACAGAAUCUAGAGUGAUGUAGCCUGCAAAGAAAUGGUUAUGAAACAAUUUUUUCAGCUACUCUCAAUGCUUUGACAAGACAACAAACACAAGAGACUCAUGUGCUCAAAGCCAAAGCUUACAGCUGCACAAGAAACUUGUUUUUGUGCCUCAUGAGCAGAGCUUAACUUUUAAAAAUCACAAAGUAGGGGACCAGAAACAAAAAAGAAUGUUGGCCAUAGAAAGUUACUAUGGUAACAGGAAAGACCUAAACACCAACUCAGAAGAGAACAAAGUACCCUUACGAAAUGUUGAAGGGGAAUAUGAAUUGGGCUCGAGGACAAAGAACCUUCUUGGAAGAGUUCAUAAAGGAUUUUUAAAAUCAAAUAAGAGAGGUGGAAGAAAAAUUGGGGAAAGGAAUGAGGAGUUUGUUGAUUCCUGAAAAGAUACAAUGGCAUAUAGAAGAGAUGAUAUAUGGUCUGAAGGACGCUAUGAUUAUGAAAGACUUCCAAGAGAACGUUUACCCCCUCGAAAUCAUCCUGAGGAUGACUACCAUAGAGUAGUUAAUAUUAUGCCCAAGAAACCACCACUGCUAGACAGACCUGGUGAAGGAAGCUACAGUAGAUAUGGUUACAGUCAUGUUGAUUACCGAGAAUAUGCCGAGGGCCGCAGUUUUUCUCAUGAUCGAAGAAGUGGUCCAUCCCAAAGAGGCGAUGAAUCCAGCUAUCGAUGGACAAGGGAUGAUCAUCCUAUAAGUAGACAGCCUGAUUAUAGGACUCAAGGCAGGUACAUGGGGUAUCAAGAGCCUCUCUGGUCCAUCCUACCUUCUACAAAAGAGUUCAAUAAAGUCCUAAGGGACACUAGAGAUGGCUUUAGAAGAAAGGGUUUCUACUCUUCCCAUUACAUGAGAGAACGAUCUCCUCACAAAAGGGACAAUCCAUUCUUCCGGGAAUCUCCUGUCAAUCGAAAAGAUUCUCCACACAGCAGAUCUGGCUCCAGUGUCAGCAGCAGAAGUUACUCUCCAGAAAGGAGUAAAGCAUAUUCUUUCCACCAGUCUCAGCAUAGAAAGUCCGUGCGUGCUGGUGCCUGCUACAAACAGCAAAAUGAAGGAGAGCCAGGAAGAGGUAAAGAGAGACCUUCUGCCCAGUCUUUGAAAACAUCAAGAGAUACUUCUCCUUCCAGUUCCACAGCAACUCCCUCAUCAAAGGUGUCAGAUAAACCUAGCAGGCUAACUGAAAAGGAACUUGCAGAGGCUGCAAACAAAUGGGCUGCAGAAAAAUUAGAGAAGACUGAUGAGAAUAACUUACCAGAAAUUUCUGAUUAUGAUGCUGGGUCCUCAGCACCAUUAUACAAUGACCAACCAGAAGAGCCUGAGACAAAUGCUACAGAUAGUAUUGAUCUUUUUGAAGACAACCAAGUAACCAGUCGCUCAAAAGCAAUAGCAUCAAAGACCAAAGAAAUUGAACAGGUUUAUCGACAAGACUGUGAAACUUUUGGGAUGGUUGUGAAAAUGCUGAUUGAUAAAGAUCCUUCAUUAGAAAAGUCUGUGCAGUUUGCUUUGAGACAGAAUUUACAUGAAAUAGGUGAGCGAUGCAUUGAAGAACUGAAGCAUUUCAUUACAGAGUAUGAUGCUGCCAAUCAAGAAUUUGGGGAGUCUUUCUGAGAUUUCAUGCUGAGGCAAAAGAUAAUGUAUUCUUUUGUUGUUGGGUUUUUUUUUUUCUGGAUUAUAUAAAUCCUUAAUAUAUGGAAUAAUUUUGUGGGUAGUUAGGGGGAUAUUUUAGUAUAGUUAGCUACACAUUUAGAUAUCUUUACCAUCAUUAUAUUGAAAGAAUAUCUAAAAAUCUUUUUAUUAGCACUCUGCAAAGAUUCUUGAUCCAUAACUAAGCAUAAGCUUUUUCUGUAGGAUGAAGAGUGUCAAUUAUUUUUUCCAGUAUGCCUCUUUGCAAAAUGAGGUUUAGUUUUCUACAAUUGUGUGUCUUCAGUCUCACACACUAUUCAAUCAUAUACUUUGAUAUGAAAAUUUAAAAUUUUUCCAAUUAGAAAUUGCUUUGAAAUCAUUUUUCCAAGUCAUUGAAAACCCCUUGAUUUUAGUUCUAGCAAUUCCACAUAACCUGCAUUUCAAAAUUUCAGCUCAAAAGUUCUUUGACUUUGAUAACAUGUUUUUUUGCUUCACUUUGUUUCUUAAGCUUUAAAACUUUUAAAUAUUCUACUAAUCUAAUUUCUCCAUUAGCUCUGACUACUUGAAGUUAUCCCAGUUUAAAUAUACUAUUGAUUGUUUAAGAAUUUAAAAAUCCUAAAGCUGUUAACUUCUAAAACAAGAAUAUAGGAUUUUCAAUAUUAAUAUUAAUUCAAAACCAUCUAUAUUCUUCUGAAUCUCAAAUACUUAUACUGAAAUAUGAGUAUUAUAAGAUCACAUCUAUGUCAGAUGAAAGGGAAAUUUUGUGAAUUUAAAGGUGAGUGACAGAGGCUGAGAUUUUCCACAAAUUUUAGAGACCUAGAAAAAAAAAAUCUUUAUCAACAUGAGAAACAAUAGGUUUUUCCCCCCCCAUAGAUCUUUAUUUCAGAAUUCAUCAACUGUCUUUUGCUCCAUGGAUCAUUGGGACAUUAAUAGGUUGUAAGUGAUUUCAGCCUAAAGGUUUGUUUAUUUAGCGCUCUUUGUUAAGGAUUCCCAGGACCAUGAAUAUUCUACCAAUUUUUGACAUUAAGCAUGACAAAUUUAUUUUUACUUUUUGUGGCAUUAAUAAGUCACAGAGUUUUAAAUCAUGUUAUUAUUACUGCCUACUUUUCUUAUCUUUCCAGUGUCUCUUCUCUAAACUGAAUUCUGCCAUUUUUUGUGGCUUAUUUUGAUAAUGUUUUGAAGGCUCCAAACAGUAGAGACCAAAAUUAUGUUAAAUGUUCAUUUCCAGCUAGCCAUUUAUUUAAAAAUCAUGCUAGAGUGGAAAUAAAUAAGGAAACAGUGUAAGUGGUACCAGAUAUAAUGAGUACCACACAUGAAAAUUGAAAGAGUAAGAGAAAAAUUUAAUUUUAAAUCAUCCCCAAGCCCAGCCUUGCCAAAUGAGGCCACUUUGAGUCAUAAUUUUGAUAUUUCCUAUGCUAGUACACAAUAUUUGACGUAUAAACUAGAAGUAAUCCUUAUCCAUCAUCUCUGAUAUUCUUCUCCAGUGUGUGAGACUAUUUUAUUAGUUACUUAGCCUAGAAAAAAUCUAAGGCAAUAGUCAUUUUAUUACUCACUUCUCCAUUUCCCUUUUUCUUUAAUUUUAUUAAGUAAUAUCACUUAAAUAAAAAGUGAAAAAAUAUAGGAGAGAUACCAAAGAGAAUGAACACAUUUUUUUUUUUUUGUUGAUCUUCAUUUAAAAUAGUUUUACUAAGUUAUCAUCUCAUUGCAGAUAUUUAUUUUAAAGUCUACUGGUUAAUCAGUUUAAUAUAAUUUUGUUCUUCCUCCCCUUAAAACAUAGUAUUUGGUAGCUAAAGGUUUUUAACAACCGUCAAUAAUAUUUUUGUAGGGAUAUCUGUUAAUUAUGGGGGGAAAAGUAGACUUUAAAGGGAAACUUUGCAGCAUGCAAAUUGAAAUGGGAACUAUAAUAGUUUGUUUUAAGUUCUCCUUGUUUAAGAUGUUUUUAUUAAAGAGUUAUCCAUUAUUCUCUGCAGAAUAUCCCCAGGUAAUGUGCUAUACUUUUAGUAUGUCUUCUUAAAGCUUUGCUGUGCAUGUGAUUGAAGUUCAAAGGGAAAAUGGAGUUUUGUGAAGCCGCCUUGUGUAAACUCUUAAAAACAAAAUAAAACAACCAGUUUAAAAUUAUCAAA